AUGAACUUGAUAAAUAAAGGUUUCACGUAUAAUAUUUUUCAUCACAAAUGGUUGCUUAAAAAAUGUAACUGCAGGGGAAUAGCAAGUUAUAAAAAUAUAGAAGAUUCGUUAUAUAAUAUUAAAGAAAAAAAAAAGCAUGUUAAUAUUUUGAGCUUAGUUAUAAGUAAUAAUAACCUUUGUUAUUGCUUAUUAAAAAAUCAAAUUAUUAAAAAAAUAGGAUUAAUCAAUAUUAAAAAAGAUAUCUAUUCUUAUGAAGAAAAUGAUUUUAUGAAAAAUAAAGCAGAUUACACACUUGCCACACAACAAAGAAGUGAACAGAAACAAAAACAAAAACAAAAACAACAAAAUACAAAAGUGGAGAAGACUAAAAUAUUAGAAAGGCAAAAAAAAAAUUUAAGAUACAAUUGUCAAAAGGAAGAAAAUCCUUUAAGCUUUAAUAUCAAGGAAAUAUUAACAAUGUUAAAUUUUAUUAAAUUAUAUUCAAAUGGUAAAGGACAUACAGAAAAUGAACAAGAUGAAAAUAAUUAUGUACAACAUGAUAUUAAAAAUGAUAAUUUACAAUAUGAUGAUAAAAAUGAUAAUUUACAAUAUGAUGAUAAAAAUAAUAAUUUACAAUAUGAUGAUAAAAAUAAUAAUUUACAAUAUGAUGAUAAAAAUAAAAAUUUACAAUAUGAUGAUAAAAAUGAUAAUUUACAAUAUGAUAUUAAAAAUAAUAAUUUACAAUAUGAUAAUAAAAAUCAAAAUUUUUUUCAUAUCUCAAAAUGUAGUAUAAAAAAGGACGGUGAAAAUAAUUUGCCUGAACAAAUCAGGCAGAAUAUGAAAAAUAUCGAAAAAAAGACAUAUGAUGAAAAAAGUGAGAAAAAGGAAGAAUGGAUAAUAGGAAUAGAAAAAGUAAAUGACAAAUAUGAAAAGAAUAAAUUAAAAGAAAAAAUAUUAUCCAUUCUUGUAUAUUUUUUACAAUCUAUAUUUGAUUGUAAGAUAUUAUUUUUUUGUCCUAAAGAAGCUCGUAACCAUUUUAGUAAUAAAUGUAAUUAUGAAUUGAAUAAUAGAGAAGAGACAUAUAAAUAUAUAAAGAAUAAAAUAAAAAAUUUCCCUUGUAUACAAAAUGAUGAUAAUAACAUAAAUUGUUUAUUUAGCGACUCUUAUGUUAUAUCGUUUUAUACUUAUAGAUAUUAUAUGUAUGAACUUGUAAAGAACAACAGAACAAUUUUUAAUUAUUUAGAAAAGCAGGUAAGGAAAAAUAAAAAUUUCCAUUACAUCUUACAAACCUUACAAAAAACGAAAAAUAAAAAAAAUAAGACCGACCUAACGGAUUUGUUGAGGGAUAAAAUUAAUAAAAUUAUUGAUGUAGAAACAUAUAAGUUGGUUGAUAAGUUUAUGUUUUAA